GCUCGCCCCCUGCCCCCGUCAAACAGAAACAGGCGUGCGCUCGCCCACCUAAUCCCAAAUCCAAACAAAUCCGGCUCCUCUCAAAUCCCCCGGUUCUCCAUCCGUCCAUCCCUCCCCCCUCCUCUCCUCUCCCCCGUCUUGUUUUACCGAGCGAUCCCCCCAGCGAGCUAAACCCUAGAUCCUCCGCCCAACCGCUAAAACCCUAGCAGGCGAAGUUCGUGUGUCCGGGGCAAGGAUGGCCGAGCCCUCCAGGGUGAUCCACAUCCGGAACGUCGGGCAUGAGAUCUCCGAGACUGACCUGCUCCAGGUGGUGCAGCCGUUUGGCGCGGUCGCCAAGCUCGUCAUGCUGCGGACCAAGAACCAGGCCCUUGUCCAGAUGGAGGACCUGUCUGCUUCAAUUAGCGCCAUCCAAUACUACACUACGAUUCAACCUAGCGUGAGGGGAAGAAACGUAUACUUGCAGUACUCAUCUCACCAGGAACUGACUACUGAUCAGAGCUCUCAUGGACGGAAUCCUGAUCAGGAUGAACCCAACCGAAUUCUCUUAGUUACCGUUCAUCAUAUGCUCUAUCCUAUGACCGUCGAGGUGCUUCAUCAAGUGUUUUCUCCUUAUGGAUUUGUGGAGAAGAUUGUCACAUUUCAAAAGACUGCUGGUUUUCAAGCCCUUAUACAGUUUCAGUCACGCCAGAGUGCAAUACAAGCAGCUGGUGCUUUGCAUGGACGGAACAUUUAUGAUGGUUGCUGCCAGUUAGAUAUUCAGUACUCAAAUCUCAGCGAGUUGCAAGUUCACUACAACAAUGAUAGAUCUAGAGAUUUCACAAAUCCAUCUUUGCCCACAGAGCAACGUCCAAGAUCCUCUCAGCUUGGUUAUAAUGAUCCUAGCCUUUUUGGUUUCCAACAGCCUGGAGCUGCAUAUGGACAGGCUGCAGUGAUUGCUGCUGCAUUUGGUGGAACAUUGCCUCCUGGAGUGACUGGUACCAAUGAUCGCUGCACACUUAUAGUUAGCAACUUGAACAGUGAUAAAAUCGAUGCGGAUAAGCUCUUCAAUCUAUUUUCUAUUUAUGGAAAUAUAGUGAGAAUCAAGGUACUCCGCAACAAACCAGACCAUGCCCUUGUCCAGAUGGCUGAUUGGCUUCAGGCCGAGCUUGCUAUACACUAUUUAAAGGUGCUUUGUGGUCACUUGACUCCUACCUUAGUUCAUUCAUUCGUCCUACCUCAUUACGUGUUUGUGGUAUAUAUCACCCUUGAUACCAUUGGAAUUUAUUUCCUACUACAGGGAGCAAUGUUACUUGGACAGAAACUGGAAGUGAACUUCUCUAAGUACCCGAGUAUUACCCCCGCUCCUGAUGCACAUGACUACUCAACCUCCAAUCUUAACCGGUUCAACAGUAAUGUGGCGAAGAACUACCGCCAUUGCUGUGCUCCGACCAAGAUCAUCCACAUCUCAGCGCUUUCACCAGAGAUAUCUGAGGAUGCGAUCCUUGAACACCUAGGUGAGCAUGGCACCAUCGUCAAGUCCAAGCUGUUUGAGGCGAGUGGCAAGACGCAGGCUCUCGUGCAGUUUGAGAGCGAGGAAGAGGCGACCGAAGCGCUGGUCUGUAAGCAUGCGAGCAAGCUCGAGGGAUCCACAAUUAGGAUUUCUUUCUCCCAGAUGCAGAAUAUAUAGCUAUUCUUCCUGGAAAAAGUGUGAUGACUCCUCUUUCUUUCUAAACUUUUCAAGUUUGUUAUGUGGACCUGUCUUUGUUUGCGCCAUGACCAACGAUUGUUGCCUGUAUCUUGUGUGAUGGUUGUAAACUGCUGCCAGCUCAUCUGUAUCAUUUUAGCCUGCUAUGGUUUGCUUC